AUCGUGCGCCGUUCAGUUCAGUGCCAGUCGAUCCGCCAUCAAGCCGCGUUCAGUGCGUUUCUAGUGAACUCCCGCGCCCAUUCAGCCGGAUUUACGCCCCACAGAUUGAACCACACGAGCCAGAGAGAGCGAGAGAACGAAGCAUGGGCGCGCGACAUUCCAAACGGUCGGUUGAUAUCACAACGACGCCCAAAAAGGGCGGGGAGGGCGACGACGCCAAGCUGGAAGCCGUCGGGGAGCCCGACGUGAAGGCCGCCACCAAUGGGGGCCUGCCCAGCGACAUUGAGUUUGCGGACAAAGACGAGUCGUCCAAGGAGGAGGAGGAGGCGGUGGAGGUGAAGGAGAACGGCGUGCCUGAGGAGGCGCCCGCGAGCGAGGAGACGCCGGAGGUGACCACGCCCAAGGCGGACGAACCCACCGAGCCGAAGAAGAAGAAGGAGAAGAAGAAAAAGUGGUCAUUCCGAUCGAUUUCCUUUUCGCGCAAGGACAAGUCCAAGCCCUCCAAGGAGGGCGGCAGCGACAAGAACGGCGACGUUGCCGAACUGGCCGAGGAGAGCGCCGACUCGGACAAGACGCCCAGCCCAGAGGGCGUGGCCCCGGUCGAAGGUGAAGCGCCUGCGCCGCUGACCAACGGCGACAGCGCCGCCCCAGAACCGCCGGCGGAACCUGCGCUCGCCCAGCAGGAGGAGCCUGUCAAGGCGGACGUUGCCCCCAGCACAGUGCAGCCAGUCCAGGAGGAGGCGGUUGCCCACAAAGAGGAGGCACCUCUGCAAGUGGCACAAUCUGCGCAACAAGAGGAGCAGCCGCCCGUGAAAGAGGAGCCGAAGCCCGUGAAAGAGGAGCCAAAGCCUGCAGAAGAGGAGCUACCGGCCGCCACAGUGGAAGAAGAGGCGGUAGACACACAGCCGGAAGCAGUGGAGGUGGUGGAGCCCAGUAUAGAGGUGCCGCCCCCACUGCCCGCCUCCAACCCGCCCUCGCCCGUCACCGUUUUCGCCGAGUCCACCAAGGCGGAGGCGGCGCUGACGUCCGGGCAGCUGCCGUUGGAGGAGGCGGAGCCCGUGGCGCAGGUGGCGCAGAUUCCCCUCCCAGUGGAGCAGGAGGUGGCCAAGCCCGACCCCUCCCCCUCGAUGGAGGAGCUGCCGCCCGCGCCCCCAUCGCCCGUUCCCGAGGUGGAGCCGCCGGCGGAGCCUGCCGAGGAGGAGGGGCCGGCCACGCCCCCGCCGACUCUUUGCCCGAUAUUUCGACAGAGUCGCUGCCCAGCCUGCCGGAAGCAGUUUCCGAAAGCCUGGCGCCCCUCUCGCUUCCGCCCGUGGACGUGGUCCCCGCCCCCAUCGCCGACACGCCCUCGCCGCCCCCAGCAGCGGCGCCGCUCACCAAUGGCAACGUCAACGGCCACAGCUCGCCGUCACCUGUCACAGAGGCCGCGCCCCCGCUCCCCACUAAACAGAUUAAUGCCGAUAAAGAGUGCGAAAUCAUCACGGAGGCCGGCGAUAUUCCGAUUGACAGCACGGUGGCCACGUCCGAGGAAUAGCCAGUGGGCGGGGCCUAAGAGCAGAGCAGGUGCAUUCCCGGGCGGUCCCGCCCCCACCACUGUGCGAGCGACCAAUAAUCAAGGACCCAAUAAAACGGAAACUGCCAUAUUUCAAUUACUACUAAACGCAACGGUUGGCGUCGGCGCACGCAAAUUUUAUUAGUUAAAUCGUCUCAAAUACUCUUCACCCCCCACCCCUCACUCACUCACUCCAAUUUUUAUAAAUGUUUUAUAUUUAAUCUUUUUUAGUAUUUUGUUUCAAUUUUUGGACAAUUUUAUAUUAUAUAUGUACUUUUUUUAUCGUAUACAAUUGUAUAGUAAUAAAAGAUAGAGGUUAGGUUUUUAGCCAGUAGCGAUGGCAACUAUGCCCGUAUAUAAGUUA